AUGGAAACCUCAAUCGAAAAGCACCAUUCUCUGGAACGUUUCCGAGCUACUGUAGCUUGGCAAAACAAGAUUCUAGCCCUGUUCGGUUGUUACGUGUACGUUCGUGAGCGUCGUGUCACUUCUCGCAUCGCAGCUAUCUGCUUCAUUGCUAUCUCCUUUAUCGUCCUGUCGGUGUACAGUGCCGUACAGUCGUGGGGCGACAUGGGUCAAGUUGUGCUUAGCAUCGUGGCCGUUUUCUACGCGAUUGUCGGUGUGGCAAGGCUUUCGGUAGCCAUUAGCGAUCCGGCCGGUUGUUACCAUUCCAUCGAGCUUGCGGAGGAAAUGUAUCAACAUGCGAACGGAUCACACCGGGAGGAAUGCAGCGUACUGGCGAAAUAUACCGAUCUGUUUUGCAAAAGUGUCAAUCUGUACACGUUUGGUUUCAUGCUCAGCGUAGUGCUGGUUUCAGUAAUGCCCUUCGGGUUCUAUCUGUUUCGUGGCGAGCGAUUUUUGCCACUUGGAAUUGUGUUUCCAUUUACCGACGGGGAAAACCUGUUCGGCUUUUGGGCUACCCUGGCCGUACAGUUGGUUUACAUUUUUUCGGGUCCACUAGCGCUGGUUCCUUCGCAGAACAUAUACUUUGCGUUCGUUUUCAACAUCUGUCUACAGUACGAAUUGUUAAUCGAGAGGUUAAAGCAGUUGGAUGAGACUAUAAAGAACGGUGGGUGUUUACCGCGAGGUUCCAGUCCUUUAACCGUACGCGAUCAGCUGGUGAAAAUCAUUCAGCUUCAGCAACGAUCUACCAACUACAUCACACAUAUCGAGAACUUUUAUCAGAUGCAAUCAUUCGUUGAAUUUCUCUGCAACUCACUGCAGGCAGCUUUAACCUUGAACGAAUUACAUCGCAACUUUUGGUUACCAGGUUUUUUCGUUUUACCAAUGGCGGUAGGGCAAAUGCUGAUACUGUGCUCGUUGGGAACACUGAUCGAGUUGAAGAGUGAUCAGUUCACCGAUCAGUUGUACGACAUUGCCUGGUCAGAGAUGGAACUCCCGCAUCAAGCCAUGUUUAAAUAUGUGCUGCAAAGCGCACAGCAGCCAAUGCGUUUGACCUGUGGCAGGUUUACUGUAAUUAACAUGAAUCUUUUUCUGACGAUUCACAAAAAAAUAUAUUCCUUCUUCAUGAUGCUUCAAAAUGUGUAG